AUGCUUAUCAAAGAAUAUCGUGUUACACUACCAUUAACAGUUGAAGAGUAUCAAGUGGCUCAGCUAUUCUGCGUAGCUGAGGUAUCAAAAAACGAAACCGGUGGAGGCGAAGGCAUAGAAGUAAUUAAGAAUGAACCAUUCAAAGACUACCCCUUGCUUGGGGGUAAAUACUCAUCGGGGCAGUACACUUACAAGAUCUACCAUUUGGCGUCCAAAGUGCCGGCCUUCAUCAGAUUGCUGGCUCCAAAAGGUUCCCUCGAAGUUCAUGAAGAGGCCUGGAAUGCCUACCCAUAUUGUCGGACUGUUUUAACGAAUCCCGGCUAUAUGAAAGAGAACUUCGUUAUCUGCAUAGAGUCUUUGCAUUUACCAGACGCGGGUGACCAAUAUAAUGUGCACGAACUGCCGCCAGAAAAGCUUAAGACGCGCGAAGUCGUCAACAUAGACAUUGCCAACGACCCAAUGUCCCCUGCGGACUACAAGGCUGAGACCGACCCAACGAAGUUUAAGUCUACAAAGACUGGACGGGGUCCAUUGGUCGGGGCCAACUGGAAGAAUGAGGUCAAGCCAGUCAUGACUUGCUAUAAACUGGUCACCGCUGAGUUUAAGUGGUUCGGACUCCAGAGCAAAGUUGAAAAUGUGAUCCAGAAAUCUGAGCGACGGUUGUUCACUAUCUUCCACAGACAAGUCUUCUGUUCUAUGGACGACUGGUACGGUAUGACAAUGGCUGACAUCCGCGCCAUUGAGGACCGCACUAAGGAGGAGCUAGAGAGGCUUCGUCGUGAAGGAGAAGUGCGCGGAAUGCGCGCCGACAACGAAUAA